CAUCCCCAUCCCCAUCCUCACCCACAUCCGUAUCCUCUCUCUCUUCCUCCCAUCAUUUCUCAAACAUGGUCACCGGUCUCGAGUUUCUGAGGAUCGCGUGUGGACCUGUUCAACCACGGCCGUACAAAUUCGACCCGUCCGGUCUUGUGCAUCAGUUUCCAGGCUGCCAUAACCAGCAGUACAUGGCUAAGUACGCUAGUCUUGCAGCCGUACCCCUCUUCGUACAGGCUUCAGUAAAGUUGCACCAUCCCCGCCCGUUGAGGCGAUUCGCGCAUAUGGAGGCGCUGGCGCGGUUUGAGCAAGUUCGUGCAUAACUACCGUGCUUUUCCACAUAAUUACUUACCACUUCACUCCAGAUCGCGCAGGACAUGGAUUGUGAUGAGCCUGCCGCGGACGUGACUGCCUUUCUAACGGCAAUACCGCGCCGUCCAAAUCCGGAUGCACUCCGCCCGGAUGAGGAGAGCAAGCUUCAAAUGAAAGACCGUGUCAUUGGACGUCCAGUUCGUGGAGGAGACGGGUAUCGUAAGUAGCCGUUAUUUCCACUGGCCACACAGACAUCUCAACCGUAUCCAGCUGCACCGCGUGCCUCUAGUGGCAUUGCAUGUGUCAAUCCCUGUCUAACGGGUCAUUUCCCCAAGUACACGGAGCAUCGUAAUGCUUGGGGCCAUGGCCCACGUCCAGACGGUCCCCCUAGGCCGACCUUCGCUCUCAUUAGGGGAACGAUGCAGAGGAUCGCACCAGGUGCCAGUUCAGUCCCGGCAACUCUUGGCUUAUUUGACUGCUUCGCGAAGUGAAGCAGUCCAGUAGGCUCGGGACCGUUUGCAGUCAUAAAUCCCGUUCUUAGCUGUGAGAGAGACUUGCUCAGUUGCACAAAGGCAAAAGACACAUUGAUAACGAAGUAAAGCGAUCUUAACGCCGCUCCAAUGAAAUUUGAUCCAUUUCCUGAAAGUUCUUUGGAAGUAUGAUCAAAAGUGUGAGAGCUUAUCACAGAUUCGUGACGCAGUGGGAAGAAAGAAAACUGGUUGAUUUUAGAUCGACGCAGACCACAGCAAGACCCCAAACGAAGUGAUUAUGGUGAUCGGACAUCAUACCUUUUCCACAUUCCCUGUGUCAAAUACGGUGAUAGCUAGCUGCCUAUGGAUAGCCGCUGAUGCCACUCUUCAGCGAGCAAGAGAUGGACGAGAAUUUGUCGUCUGUCGUCGUCAGUCGGAUGCUCAAAUGGAUGGUCUGGAGAGUACGGCUGCAUCGGAGCAGAGCUCAGUUCACAUGUCAGAAUGAG